AUGCACAAUGAGCAGCCCUUCUUCGGUGCCCUAGGAUGCACCAGUGCCAUCGUUUUCACUGCCUGUGGUGCAGCCUACGGAACCGCAAAGGCCGGCGUCGGCGUCUGCUCCUCGGGUGUCCUCAGGCCCGAUUUGACAGUGAGGAGUAUGCUCGCCGAUUCUGGAGCCAAGCCACACGAUCCGCUGAUCCCAAGUCUAGACAUCGUGCCCGUCGUCAUGGCCGGUAUCCUCGGUAUCUACGGCCUGGUCGUUUCGGUCCUCAUUGCAAACAGCCUCUCCCAAACGGUGGCUCUCUUCACCAGUCUCGUCCAGCUGGGUGCAGGCCUCUCGGUUGGACUCUGUGGGCUAGCUGCUGGCUUCGCUAUCGGAAUCGUGGGCGAUGCCGGCGUGCGAGGAGCGGCUCAGCAGCCGCGGCUUUAUGUGGGUAUGAUUCUCAUUCUGAUCUUUGCCGAGGUCUUGGGUAAGAUGCCUUUGUUCCUGCCCUGGCUUUGA